CCGGAAUCUCCCAGCCACUCGGUGGCAACGGCGUGGUCCGCCUGCCAAAGUCACUCUCUCGACUCCUUUCCGCAGACCCGCUUUGCUCGCGUCCUCGCUUACCUUGUGUUUCCCGGUCUCAUGGCCGGCCUGACCCUGUUUGUGGGCCGUCUCCCGCCCUCGGCCCGCAGUGAGCAGCUGGAGGAGCUGUUCAGUCAGGUGGGGCCGGUGAAGCAGUGCUUCGUGGUGACUGAGAAAGGGAAUAAGACAUGUCGAGGCUUUGGCUAUGUCACUUUUUCUAUGCCAGAAGAUGUUCAGAGGGCCCUGAAGGAGAUUACUACCUUUGAAGGUCGCAAGAUCAAUGUGACUGUUGCCAAGAAAAAGCUGAGGAACAAGAUAAAGGAAAAGGGGAAAAAUGAAAAUUCAGAGUCCCCAAAGAAGAAACUGAAGCCUAAAAAAACCAAAGUGACAGAUAAGAAAGCCAGAUUAAUUAUUCGGAACCUGAGCUUUAAGUGUUCGGAAGUUGACUUGAAGACAAUAUUUACUCAAUUUGGAGCUGUCCUGGAAGUAAAUAUCCCUAGGAAGCCAGAUGGAAAGAUGCGUGGUUUUGCUUUUGUUCAGUUCAAAAACCUCCUAGAAGCAGGUAAAGCUCUCAAAGGCAUGAACAUGAAAGAGAUAAACGGGCGGACAGUGGCUGUGGAUUGGGCCGUGGCAAAGGAUAAAUAUAAAGAUACUCAGUCUGUUUCUGCCUCAGGUGAGGAAAAGAGCCAUGAACCUAAACCUCAGGAAUCAGUUAAAAAGAAUGGCAGGGGGAAAGAGAAUAUGGAAGAGGAAGAAAAAGAUGAUGAUGAAGAUGAUGUUGAGGUUGAUAGUGAUGAUGACGACGAUGACGACGAUGAUGACAAUGAUGAAGAGGAGAAGGAGGAGAGUAAAGACUCAAAGGUGAUGAAGCCUGUGCAGAUUCAGAAGAGAGCAGUCAAGAGAGCAGUCCCUGCAGAAAGCAGUGAAGAAGAUCAUUUUGACGAGGACAGUGACCUGGAGGAAAGAGAUAGUAUUGAUGGAGGAGAGGAACUGGCUCAGAGUGAUGCCAGCACUGAGGCGCAAGAGGAUGAAGAUGUGCAAGUCUCAAGGAAAAAGAAGAGGAAAUUACCAUCUGAUGUGAAUGAAGGAAAAACUGUUUUUAUCAGAAAUCUGUCCUUUGACUCAGAGGAAGAAGACCUUGGGGAGCUUCUCCAGCAGUUUGGAGAUCUUAAAUAUGUCCGCAUUGUCUUGCAUCCAGACACAGAGCAUUCUAAAGGUUGUGCAUUUGCCCAGUUCGUGACUCAAGAAGCAGCUCAGAAAUGCCUUAUUGCUGCUUCUCCAGAGAAUGAGGGUGGUGGGCUUAAACUGGAUGGCCGGCAGCUCAAGGUUGACUUGGCAGUGACCCGUGAUGAGGCUGCAAAGCUUCGAACAAAGAAGGUGAAGAAGCCAACUGGAAGCCGGAACCUCUAUCUGGCCCGAGAAGGCUUGAUUCGUGCUGGGACGAAGGCUGCAGAGGGUGUGAGUGCUGCUGAUAUGGCCAAAAGAGAACGGUUUGAGCUGCUGAAGCAUCAGAAACUCAAGGACCAGAACAUCUUUGUCUCCCGGAGCAGACUCUGCCUGCACAAUCUCCCAAAGGCGCUGGAUGACAAACAGCUCAGAAAGCUGCUGCUGGAUGCUACGAGAGGGGAGAAGGGGGUGCGCAUCAAGGAGUGUAGGGUGAUGCGAGACCUUAAAGGAGUUCAUGGAAACACGAGGGGUCAGUCCCUGGGCUAUGCCUUUGCAGAGUUCCAGGAGCACGAGCAUGCCCUGCGAGCCCUCCGCCACAUCAACAACAACCCAGAAAUCUUUGGGCCUCAGAAGAGACCAAUAGUGGAGUUCUCUUUGGAAGAUCGGAGGAAACUUAAAAUAAAGGAACUAAGGAUCCAGCGCAGCCUGCAAAAAAUGAGAUCUAAGGCUGUAACUGGUGAGCCCCAGAAGGGGCAACCAGAGUCUAGGAAAGACCAGCAAAAGAAGGCAGCUCAAAACCACACAAAGCAGCAAGGCAAGGCUCCUCCAGAGCAGAAGGGGAAGGCAGGUGCUACCUCAUGGGCAGGGUUCCAGACCAGGGCUGAAGUGGAGCAGGUGGAGCUGCCUGACGGAAAGAAGAGAAGAAAGGUCCUGGUGCUCCCUUCACACCGGGGCCCCAAGAUCAGGUUGCGGGACAAAGGCAAAGGGAAAUCCCUUCCUCCCAAAAAGCCAAAGCCCCAGAUAAACCAGUGGAAGCAGGAGAAACAGCAGUUAUCUUCCAGGCAGGUACCUAAGAAAAAAGCUAAGGGAAAUAAGACAGAAACCCGCUUCAACCAGCUGGUCGAACAAUAUAAGCAGAAAUUAUUGGGACCUUCUAAAGGGGCACCUCUUGCAAAGAGGAGCAAAUGGUUUGAUAGUUGAUAAUGCCAGCAGACUGGAUAAGAAACUGGGUUGUGUACUUUUUGGUGAAGCUUCCAGGUUCCUCCCUAGCCCCCAUGUCUUUUCCUGAAGGAAAGAAAACCCCUGAGGGCUCGGUUACUCUCUUGGGAGGCUCCCUGGGCUGUGCACAUCUGAACUUUCCCUCCUCCGGCGUGUGGUUGGUUACUCACAAAGAGAGAUACCCAGAAAAAUCAUGAUGUUUUCAUAUUAUCCAGAUUAUU